AUGACUGAUAGUGAAGAUGAUAGUGAUGAGAUGCCUGAGUUGGUUAAUGCUAGUGAUGAUGAUGGAGUGGAAUACCCCGUAGAAGGUGAGUCUCUUGUUGCCAGGCGUGCUCUCAAUACGCAAAUUAAGAUAGACGAUAUGGAGCAACAAAGAGAGAACAUAUUUCAUACCAGAUGUUAUGUAAACAACAAGGUGUGUAGUAUGAUUAUAGACGGGGGAAGUUGCACCAAUGUAGCUAGUACCACCCUAGUUGAAAAGCUGAGCUUACCUUUAUUGAAGCACCCUAGACCUUAUAAGUUGCAAUGGUUGAAUGAAUGUGGGGAGGUCAAGGUCAAUAAGCAAGUUUUGGUGGCUUUUACCAUUGGGAGGUAUAGUGAUGAGGUGCUUUGUGAUGUAGUUCCUAUGCAUGCUGGCCAUAUUUUGUUGGGGAGGCCAUGGCAGUAUGAUAGGAGGGUGAUUCAUGAUGGGUUUACAAACAGGUACAACUUUGUGAAGGAUGGAAAAACAUUCAAGCUUGCUCCUUUAACCCCAAAACAGGUCUAUGAGGACCAACUGAAGCUGAAAAAGAAAAAAGAAAGAGGACUUGCAGAGAGAAAAGGGAAGGCAAAGAUGAGUUUUUUAUGCAAAGGAGAGUGAGGUUAAGAGGGCUUCUCAGCAGAUCAGCCUAUGAUUUUUCUUGUUUACAAAGAAUCUUAUCUUAAUCUUGAUGAAACUAACCAAUCUCUUCCUAGUUUGGCUCUUUCUUUGUUGCAAGAGUUUGAUGAUGUAUUUCCGGAGGAGAUGCCGAGUGGGUUGCCACCCAUUAGAGGCAUUGAGCACCAAAUUGAUUUCAUACCCGGAGCAGUUAUUCUAAACCGACCAGCCUAUAGGAGUAAUCCGGAGGAGACCAAGGAGCUUCAAAGGCAAGUUGAAGAUUUGUUGAGCAAGGGGUACGUGAGGGAGAGCAUGAGCCCAUGUGCAGUACCAGUGCUACUAGUGCCAAAGAAGGAUGGGACUUGGAGGAUGUGCAUUGAUUGCAGAGCGGUCAACAAUAUUACGGUAAAGUACCGUCAUCCCAUUCCUAGAUUAGAUGAUAUGCUUGAUGAAUUGCAUGGCUCAUGUAUUUUCAGUAAAAUAGAUCUUAAAAGUGGAUAUCAUCAAAUUAGAAUGAAAGAGGGAGAUGAAUGGAAAACAGCUUUUAAAACUAAACAUGGACUUUAUGAAUGGUUGGUUAUGCCAUUUGGACUUACAAAUGCGCCUAGUACUUUCAUGAGAUUAAUGAACCAUGUAUUACGUGCAUUCAUAGGCAAAUUUGUAGUCGUGUACUUUGAUGAUAUCUUAGUGUAUAGCACGAACUUAGAUGAACAUAUUGAGCAUUUAAGAUGUGUGUUAGAUGUGUUGAGAUGUGAAAAGUUCAUUACCUGA